AUGGCGCUCGAGCAGUCCCUCUUCCUCGACAGCGCGAUCCGCGACUGGGUGCUCAUCCCCAUCCUGGUGGUCAUGAUACUCGUCGGCGUGCUGCGACACAACGUCAUCUCGCUCCUCAACUCGCCACCCAAGAGCAUCGCCGCCCCCGCGCUGCGUGAACAACGAGUGAUGGCGCGAUCGAGUGCGCUGCGACAGAACUACUUUCAGCUGCCACCAUCGUCGUUCCAGUCGCGCAAGGCGUUCCUCACCGAGGCGCUCUCCAACGGCUCCUACCUGCAGCCCAAGGACAAGGAGGAGAAGGAAGGGCCCAAAAACCCGUUUGAGCCCGCGGGCGGUAUGGACGGCAUGAUGGACGGCAUGAAGAAGCAGAUGGUCAUGAUGAUCCCACAGACCCUCAUCAUGGGCUGGAUCAACUUUUUCUUCUCCGGCUUUGUUCUGCUCAAGCUGCCCUUCCCUCUGACGCUGCGGUUCAAGGUGAUGCUGCAGAGGGGCAUCGAGACGCCCGACCUCGACGUCACCUGGGUUUCGUCGCUCAGCUGGUACUUUCUCACGCUCUUCGGUCUCAACGCCGUCUACCGCCUCGUGCUCGGCGACGACAAUGCUGCUGACGGCACGCGCGACAUGGCUGCCAUGUCGGGUGCCGCGGCGCCGAUGCAGGGCAUGAUGAACCCCACCGCUCCCGGUCAGGCACCCGACUUUGAGAAGCUGCAUCUGGCCGAGCGCGACAACCUCGAGCUGGUGGGCCUCGAAGACUCCAAGACGCGCUGGAUCGGCGACGGCAUCGAAGACCGCGUCCUCGCUCUCUACGCCUAG